AUGCUCUUAAUCCCACUUCAUCUUCCCACUUUGAUCUGCUGCAGUUCCUUGAUCAGGUCUCGAAAUGCGGCCCAAGAUUUCUCGCUGAUUUUUUCUUUGAUAUCGAGCUGCGGUGAUGUGAUAAGUCUACGUGACAAGUCUCUGCUCACACUUGAAGUGACCACGUUCAGCAGGAAGUACCCAAAUAUUCCAGUCGAUUUAUUGGCAUCUCUUCUUGCAAGUCGCGAUGACGUAUCGCGUAGUGAAGCCAGACAAAUGGCCGAGGAAGUCGUUUCACAUGUACAGUUCCAUCCUCGAGACAGAGUUUUGGAGCAACUGUUCGCGUCGGUGAUUGGCCGAAGUGACUCCUCCUCAUGGAAACCUAACCUUGACAUGAUGAAUAUGCUUUCAUCUUUCAUGCGCAGAGAUCAGCCGCAGUCAUAA